GGGUUUGUUGAAAGAUAGAACUGAUUAUCCACUGACAGUCAUUUAUAUUCCACUGAGAUGGUGUGGAUAUGCAUACAAACUGUUUGAAUCUUUGUUGGGUAUUAAACAAUAUUACCCAGACGGUGCACUAGAAAUCCCUGAGAACAGGCUCUUUGCACAGUUUCAUGCCUCUCAAACCAAACAGAUGAAAGAACAAAUCCUGCGACAACUGUGUUCUGGCACUAGCACUGUCAGAGUUAUCUUUGCUACUGUUGCCAUGGGAAUGGGAGUAGACAUACCAUCCAUUCUCAAUGUGAUUCACAUUGGUCCACCAUGCAGUGUCAAGGCCUAUUUUCAGGAGACUGGAAGAGCUGGAAGGGAUGACAAACCUGCACGGGCCAUUUUGCAUUACAACAAUAGAGAUAUAGCAAAGAACAGGGCUGGAAUGCAAGAUGAUAUGAGAACUUUUUGUAAAAGUAUUGACACUUGUCUGAGAUUGUUAUUGCUCAAGUCACUUGACCAUGAGGAAACCAUGGUUGACCUACCUCACCUCUGCUGCAGCAUAUGUGCAAAAAAGUGUGAGUGCCCACAAUGUUUGUGUGACCUUAUGCAGAAUCUGUAA